CAUUAGACUCCGUCUGUGCGCCUCGACGGGCGUUUGAGGUCGGUGCUCGUGCACAAUUGGUAGUUAAAAUUAAAGAAUCAGUGAGUAUUACUAAAAAUAAUAUUAAUUCUUCAAUGAAUCACAGCACAGCCGCGGGUUCCUAAAAAGAGUGUAAAAAGGUGGUCUGAAUGAAGAUGUGUAAGUAAUGCUCUUGGAGACCCAGGGGACGCCAUGUCAGAAGAGGCGAUCUCAGGGAGCGACCUGGAGCCCAGCCUUAACAGCGAGGAGGAGGAAGAGGAGAUGGACGAGGAAGAGGAUGCCGAGAAUGAUGGGGAUGAUGAGGAAGAUGCAGGCGACCAGCCCGAGAGCCCGGAGGCCGAGGAUCAGAGAGAUCCGACCAGCCCAGCACCUACCUCGCCUAAUUCUAGAGACUCCAGCCCUGACCGCUUGUCCCGGCCGCCCUCCCAACCCUCGUCCACCUCACAGACGUCAUCGCGGCCCGGCUCUCAACCCGCGUCCAGCCCGGACAGCCGCAGCAACACGUCUGCCAACAGCAUGAAGAAGAAGUCCAAAACCUCCAAACCUGCUAACUUGAGGAGGAACAUCCGGAAGCUCCUCACGGAGCAUCAGCUGGAAGCGGGAACCAAAGCCGCCCAGCAGGAGGAGCUUGAGAGACGGCGGCGACUCGAACAACAGCGGAAAGACUUCCCGCUUCACGCAGAUCUGUCCGCUGCAGUGCCGGGUCUCAAACAGGAAGUGAUCUGUCUGGACAGCAGCGGAGAUGAGGGUGAGCCUAAAGAAGACCCGCCCCCUCAGCUUCCUGUCCUCAGAGAUGAUGUGAUUGAGUUGAGUUCAGGUGAUGAAGAUGCCAUGCGGAUAAGCAGCGAGGAUGACAACAACGAAGAUCGUUCUGUCACUCCCGGCCCGGAGGAAAGUAGCGGGUCGCAUGUAAACGACGCCAUCAAUCUACCGGACGCCCAGGGAAGGGUACUGGUCAAUAUCAACCACCCUGGAGAAGAGGAGGACCUGUUCCUCGCCCCGCAGCUCGCCGGCGCUGUUAAACCACACCAGAUCGGUGGCAUUCGUUUUCUGUAUGAUAACCUUGUGGAGUCUCUCGAGCGCUAUAAGAGCAGCAGUGGCUUCGGCUGUAUUCUGGCUCACAGCAUGGGCCUGGGCAAAACCCUGCAGGUCAUCUCCUUUAUCGACAUCCUACUGCGCCACACUGGAGCCAAAACUGUCCUCGCCAUUGUACCUGUGAAUACACUACAAAACUGGCUGGCUGAGUUUAACCUCUGGCUGCCUGCUGCUGAGUCCCUUCCCCCCGACACAGAUCCAGCCCAGGUUUUACCUCGAACCUUUAAGGUUCACAUCCUCAAUGAUGAGCACAAAACCACAGUGGCCCGGGCCAAGGUGGUGGAGGACUGGACUCGUGGCGGAGGGGUGCUGCUGAUGGGCUAUGAGAUGUACCGCCUGAUGUCGCUCAAAAAGAGCUUUGUGACCGGCCGCAAGAGGAAGUCCAAGAAACCCGCGGGUCCUGUAAUUAUUGACCUGGACGAGGAGGACCGUCAGCAAGAGCUCAUGAAAGGGAUUGAAAGAGCGAUUUCACGGCCCGGUCCGGAUGUCGUCAUUUGUGACGAGGGUCACCGCAUUAAAAACUGUCACGCCAGCACCUCCCAGGCCCUGAAGAACAUCCGGUCACGGCGACGGGUGGUUUUGACCGGAUACCCGCUGCAAAACAACCUGAUCGAGUACUGGUGCAUGGUGGAUUUCGUCCGGCCCGAUUUCCUCGGUACACGGCAGGAGUUUAGUAACAUGUUCGAGCGGCCCAUUCUGAACGGUCAGUGUAUCGACAGCACGCCACAGGACGUCCAGCUCAUGAGAUACAGGAGUCACGUCCUGCACAGUCUGCUGGAGGGCUUCGUGCAGAGACGAGGUCACGAUGUUCUCCGGGAGCAGCUGCCGCCGAAAGAGGAGCAUGUGAUUCUGGUACGACUGUCUCGCCUGCAGAGGGCGCUCUAUACGGAGUUCAUGAACCGCUUCAGGGAGGCGGGAAACAGCGGAUGGCUCGGACUCAACCCGCUUAAAGCUUUCUGUGUUUGCUGCAAGAUCUGGAAUCAUCCGGACGUUUUGUACGAAGCUCUGCAAAAGGAAAAUCUGGCCAAUGAGCAGGAUCUUGACCUGGAUGACCUCAACUCCACCAGCGGGACCCGCUGCUCCGCACCGGGAAUGAAGGGCAAGUCGUCUGACCCUGCCAACAGCAAGAUGACCAUGGCUCUGGGACCCCUUAACCCCUUACAGGAGAGGGCCAACCAAGUCAUCACCUAUGAAUGGGCAAAAGACAUCAUGAGCAACUACCAGACGGGUGUUCUGGAGAACUCGGCCAAGAUGGUUCUGCUUUUCCACCUGAUUGAUGACAGCGUCAGCCGAGGAGAUAAAAUACUUGUGUUUAGUCAGAGUUUAUCAACGCUCACAGUUAUCGAAGAUUUCCUGAGUCGGAGGCCCAUGCCGAUCCAAACGGAAACUGGGGGGCACAACUGGGUCCGGAACAUCAAUUACUACAGGUUGGAUGGGAGCACAUCAGCUUCAGAGAGAGAACGACUCAUCAACCAGUUUAACGACCCUGCGAACAACCAAGCCUGGGUCUUCCUGCUGUCCACCAGGGCUGGAUGUUUGGGGGUAAAUCUGAUUGGCGCGAAUCGCGUGGUGGUUUUCGAUGCCUCUUGGAACCCGUGUCACGACGCUCAGGCCGUCUGCCGCGUGUACCGCUAUGGCCAGCACAAGCCUUGCCACAUCUACAGGCUGGUGUGUGACUUCACACUGGAGAAGAAGAUCUAUGACCGUCAGGUGUCCAAGCAGGGCAUGUCUGAUCGAGUCGUGGACGAUUUGAACCCUGUCCUCACCUUCACGCGGAAGGAAGUGGAGUCGCUGUUGCACUUUGUAGAGGAGGAGCCUGAUCCCAGCCAAUCAGGGCUGGUCCCUAGUGAGGACAUGGAGAUCGUCAUUAAACAAGCCUGCCUGUUUUACCCGCACCUCUUAACCAAGCAACCAUUCCACCAUGAGUCUCUCCUGAUGGACCGCAAGGAUUUGAAACUGACCAAAGCAGAAAAGAGAGCAGCCAAGAAAAGCUACGAAGACGAGAAGCGGGCGUCUGUGCCGUAUCAACGGCCCUCUUACGCACAUUAUUACCCGGCUAGUGACCAGAGACUCACCAAUAUCCCUGCCUUUAGCCAGAGGAACUGGCGGCCCCCACCUCAUUUAGAAGAGAAACCAGUCGCAAGUGUGAGGCCAGUUCAGUCCACACCCAUUCCCAUGAUGCCCCGCCAGGUACCCAUGGGCGUCCCCAGCUCAAGCGCAGGAUUCCCCGUCAACUACCUGCAAAAGGCCGGUGUUUACGUACAGCGCGUCGUCACCACCACUGAUAUUGUGAUCCCAGGGUCCAACAGCAGCACAGAUGUCCAAGCCCGAAUCGGUGCAGGGGAGAGUAUUCACGUUAUCCGAGGAUCCAAAGGCACAUACAUAAGGACCAAUGAUGGGAGGAUAUUUGCCAUCCGCUCUGGAAAGCCAAGACCGUCUGAAGGAGGAGCCACAGCUUCUAGAGAGGAUUCUGGCCCUUCCUUGCAUUCUGUCAGUAAUGGUCGCGCGUCUCCCCAAGAGCCGAAACGUUUAACCCCUGAGGCUCAGCCUCGCCUUUCGCCCCAAGGCAGCCCCGGGCUCCUCCGAGAAUACCGCAGCAACAAAGAACCAGUUUCUGCAGUAGAGAACUUACCGUCUUCGGGAACACCCGAACCCUCGGGAGCGGACCGACCCAUCCCACACCCAGUUCGCGUCACUGACCAGCACCGGCAGCUCAGCAGUGACAUUGCAUCAUCAAUGGAGGUUCAAAGUUUAAAGCGGAAGCUUUUGGAUAGUCGGACAUCCAAACAGCCUGGUGGCAAACGAACCUCAGCGCCAGCCGGUGCACCCGGGAGUUACCCGGGAUUUCCUCUAAGCAGCGGGUUUGGGUUCCCGCCCAUGGGGCUGAACCCUGCCUUGCUGGGCGCCCUGGGUCACAUGACUCCACCCUCACUUGGAAGCAGGUCGCACCUCCUACAGCAAGCCGGUCAGGCUCUCGGCGACCUACAUGCAAUGUUCCCCACUGAACCACUCGGACUUGGCCCAUCCAACAGCACUCUUUCCUCGAGUUGCUCGACCAAUACCACAUCCUCAACCCACGCUGGAAUGCUGGCCUCUUCCUCAUCCUCUGUGCCCUGUUCGUCAUCAUCCUCCACUUCCUCCUCGCUCCCACCCUUCCUGAUGAACCCUAGCAUGGCAAGCAUGCUUUCCAGCUUCCCGGUACCAUUUUCCCAGCCGCUGUUCGCAGGAUCCCUACACCCUAGAGGUCUGUCCUCUACGCCAACCUCUGCAUCCAACUCCUCCAAUUUCCUCACUUCCUCCGGCAUGCUGGGGGCAGCAUUCAGCCGCCCCGACAUGCACCACUCGCUCGCGGAAAACGGCGGGAGCAGCUCGGAUGACGAUGUCAUAGAGGUGAUGGGCCAGUGAUCGCUCCAGAUUCCGUAGGUCCGAAUGGAAGAAACCUAUUGGAUGGAGCUGAAAUUCUAUAAAUCCAAAUGCUGAAUAUGCAUGGAGUUAAGAAAGGCGAUUAUAUAUUUUUCUUUACCGUAAGGGACCAGAGCACAGGGCUAACUUGAGGAGUCCUAGUCAUAUCUCUGUCACGAGGGCCUAGACACUGAACUGACGAACUUCCCUCAGAGAUUACCGAAUCAAACUUAAACGUGAUUGUCUUUACAGACUGUUUGCAUUCGUAAGAGAUGACUUUAGCGAUACGUUUGCUAGACCUUGUAGCAUCACUUGGAAUGAAAAAUAAAAAAAAAUAUGUGACUUUUUUUUAUUAUAACUGUAAGUACUACUAUUACUUUUGUAAACGGUGGUCCUACAUGAAUACUCAUAGUCUCUUUGACCAUUGAAAAUCGCAGACUGGGCAACGGGGAAUUCGUAACAGUCGAAUCGUACAGCGACAGAAGCCAUGCCUAGCAUUAGCACCGCCGAGACCUUUUUGCUUUCCUUUGGAAAAAAAAAAAAAAACAACAACAAGGAAAACCUUACAAAAUCGAAUGUAUUUUCAUGUUAGCCUUUAAAAUUUGGUGGAGGAGAUGCAAGUUUAGUGCGUUUAGUUCGAUAUUAGCCUUAAAGCAGACAAAUGGAUCUGUGUUCUUGUUCGAUUGCGUAGCAAACAAAAUCAUUUGUCGUUAUCCAUGGGGAUCAUUUUACGAAUGUGUAGACUGUUAAGCGAACCCAACUAGUUGUCAUUUUCUAAAUUUGCGCUUUGCAUCAUCUGCACGGUCAUUCAGUUUCAUCCGUGUUGGGGCCACAGUCAUGACCAAAGUGUUUGUU